AUGCCUGAUUCACAUCCCUCUCAAGGCUCCGAAGGUGCUGUCACUGUCGCAAACACCAGCGACGCCUCGAACACUUCGCAAAAAAUCGGCGCGCCAAUCUCAGCACCUGCUGCAAACCCUAAAGCACCGACUGCUGAUGACGCGGAGGCGGCCGCACGAUCAUCUACUUCCCGAGUUGCCUCACCUUCGCGAAAGAGCGAGAAUGGCAAGAAGGACCCGCACUGGCUGCAGGUUGAGAGCGAGCACAACAUUCCCAAGAACAACUUCUACAUUGUUCUCCCUGGCCUCAUGCUUGCCGUCUUCCUUGCAGCGCUCGAUCAGACCAUCGUCUCGACCGCGCUGCCCACCAUCGCUGGCGACCUACACGCAGGGCCAUCAAGUUAUUCGUUCGUCGGCACUGCUUAUCUCUUGACAGCGACUGCCCUGAUUCCGCUCUAUGGCAGACUAUCCGAUCUAACCGGCCGCAAGCCACUUCUCUGGGUCGCUAUUCUCUUCUUCCUCUUCGGCUCGGCGCUCUGCGGUGCUGCGAAGAACAUGACCUGGCUCUGCAUCGCUCGAGGUCUGCAGGGCGUCGGUGGAGGCGGAAUAAUUAGCAUCGUGCAAAUUAUCAUGAGCGACAUCACUACAUUGGAGCAGCGUGGCGCCAUCAGCGGCGUCUUUGGCUUCGUCUGGGGCGUCGCCAGUGUCAUUGGCCCGCUCGCCGGUGGUGCGUUGACCGACAGGGUCAGCUGGAGAUGGUGCUUCUACAUCAAUCUCCCAACGGGAGGUGUUAGCUUUUUGAUUCUCCUCAUUUUCCUGCAACUCAACCCACAGCCACGGGUAUCUGCGCGUGAACUAGCAGCUCAAUUCGACUUUUUAGGCCUUUUCCUCGUCGUUGCUGCCGCCGUCCUGGUGAUUAUCGGCUUCUCCAACGCAAGCACACACGGAUGGGGCAACGCCGAGACCAUUGCAACUAUUGCCAUCGGCGGCUUGCUCUUCGUCGUCUUUACCGUGUGGGAAUUUUACACGACCAGGAGGCCAAUCAUCAGCCCUCGACUCUUCCGUACACGGACAACAGCCCUACUUCUUCUCUCUGUAUUCCUUCACGCGGUGUCCUUCUUCAGCGUGACGUACUACCUUCCGAUAUUCUACCAAGCUGUCCAUGGCUCCAAUGCACUCGAGUCCGGUGUUCAGAUGCUCCCUUUCAGCCUCAUCUCCUCAUUCAUGUCCAUGACUGCCGGAAUCGCAAUUUCCAAGCUCCACGCGUACCGGCCGGUACUUUGGUUUGGCUACAGCGUCAUGCUGAUUGGCUAUGCGCUCAUGUGCACGCUCGAUGAGCGUUCCAGCGUCGCCAUCCAAGAGGUCUAUCCUGGUCUUGCGGGCUUGGGACUGGGAUGCUUGUUCCAAACGCCGCUCAUUGGCCUGCAGUCCGCCAUGCCGCUCAGCGAAGUGGGCACGACAACCGCGGCCAUGGCGCUCAUCCGGUCCAUGGGCGGCACGAUCGGUAUCACACUUAGCGGUACGGUACUCAACUCUGACUUUGCGUCGCGCUCCCGCGAUAUUCCAGGUUUGCUGCAAGCUGAAGCUGCUUAUGGAGGCGCAACGGCCAUCCAAGGCGACCCCAGAUUCCUGCGCGACUUGCAGCCCCCAACCCUUGCGGCCGAAGCUGUGCGCGCGUACGCAAAGAGCGUGCAGCGCAUCUGGAUCGUCAUGACGCCGCUUGUUGCGGUUGCGUUGAUCGCGACGCUGGGAGUCAAGGGAUACAGCCUAAAACGAAAGGUCACUCACGGGGGCAAGCCACAAGAAGGAAAAGAAAAGAUAGCGGACGAAGAGGCGCAGAAGCCAGAGGACCCGGAUUGCGAAGGAACAACAGCACUGACUGUGGCACCGUCAUGCCCAAAGCAACCUGACCAAGACAUCGAAAAGUGUGAAGCAACCGACAACGAGAAUGGAGCCCAGCGAGAACAAACUCCGCUUGCAGAUCCCUGA